AAACCCGUGGCUCCGUGUGGCUGGCUGGAAUUUUUUUUGCUUAACGGAUUAAUACAUACCGAAACAAAGAUGUUCGCCUCUCUCUUAGAAGCUGCCAAAAACUCACCUUUGCGCACUCCCUUCACCAAGGUGCAAUGCGACACACCAGCCAAGGGUUCCGGCCCAGUUGUUGGCCGUCAAAUUCAAGCUGCUGCCACUCCCGACAAUGGUGAUUCCUGCGAAUUCGGUUCCACUAAAUAUUUCGCUUUGUGCAGUAUUGGUGGUGUUCUGUCCUGUGGUACUACUCAUACCUUUGUUGUGCCCUUGGAUUUGGUUAAGUGCCGCUUGCAAGUCGAUCAGGCUAAAUACAAGAAUUUGUUCCAUGGAUUCAAGGUCACCGUAGCUGAAGAGGGUAUGCGUGGUUUGGCCAAGGGCUGGGCUCCUACUUUGUACGGUUACUCUGCUCAGGGUCUCUGCAAAUUCGGCUUCUACGAAGUCUUCAAAGUAUACUAUGCCAACCUUUUGGGUGAAGAAAAUGCCUACUUGUACCGUACCUGGUUGUACUUGGCUGCUUCUGCCUCGGCUGAGUUCUUUGCCGAUAUUGCUUUGGCUCCAUUCGAAGCUGCCAAGGUUAAGAUUCAAACCUCUCCUGGCUUUGCCUCUACUAUGCGCGCUGCCAUGCCCAAGAUCAUGAAGGAGGAAGGUAUUGCCGGUUUCUACAAGGGAUUGGUUCCAUUGUGGAUGAGACAAAUUCCAUACACCAUGAUGAAGUUCGCUUGCUUCGAAAAGACCGUUGAGUUGUUGUACAAACACGUUGUACCCAAACCACGUUCCGAAUGCUCCAAGGGCGAACAAUUGGUUGUCACAUUCGCUGCUGGUUACAUUGCUGGUGUCUUCUGCGCCAUUGUAUCUCACCCAGCUGAUGUUGUUGUAUCCAAAUUGAACCAAGCCAAGGGCUCCACCGCUCUCCAAGUCGCCAAAUCUUUGGGCUUCAUGGGCAUGUGGAACGGUUUGACUCCACGUAUCAUUAUGAUCGGUACAUUGACUGCCUUGCAAUGGUUCAUCUAUGAUGGUGUCAAGGUUGCUUUGGCUUUGCCCCGUCCCCCACCACCAGAGAUGCCCGCUUCCCUCAAGGCCAAGCUCGAAGCUAAGGCCCAAUAAACAUCU